AUGUUCGUCCAGAACUUCGUCAAGGAAGAGUUCCCUGAAGGUUUCGUGUUCGGAGAGGAUGCUUCAAUAUUGGCCAGGGCUCUGGAGAAUCUUGGAGUCAAACCUGAGAUUGUCUAUGUCGUGGCGAAAGCCUUUGACCAAGCACAAGUUGCCUUCAAAACCAAGCACGAUCCGUUCAGCGUCGCUGAGCAUAGUCCCAGAGUCAACCCGACCGAGAUCGAUGGCGCCGUGGAGACCAUCGGCAUAGCAGCCCGUGAUGUCCUGCAGGCGUUGGCUGACGCGAACGACAACAGCGACGACGACUCUGAUAGUGAGAUCUCGUUUGGUAACCAUGAGGAAGAUCCUGGAGGAAGCCAGAACAUGCUGGAUCUUCUCUAUCACAUUGCUGGCGAGCAGGCACGCCGGGAAGGCUACAUACACCGUGGCGUUGAGUGCAAUAGCUGUGGAGUUCACCCUAUAGCAGGCAUCCGUUACCACUGCGCAAACUGUUUCGACUUCGAUCUCUGCGAGAGCUGCGAGGCUAGCUCUUCGCACGUGAAAAGCCACGUUUUCUACAAGAUUCGGAUCCCGGCUCCUUCGAGAGGAAAUGUGAAGCAGGUCACUCCGAAAUGGUACCCAGGAAACCCGGAUGCGUUUGCCACGUCGUUACCGUCAAGCGCGUCGAAGCCGCUGUUGGAAAAGACCGGCAUGGAACGCACAGAGAUGGAUGCGCUCUACGAGCAGUUCAAAUGCGUUGCAAGUCAGUAUUGUACGACCGAUCCUACUGGCCUCGGAGUUGCCAUUGAUCGCAAGGACUUCGACGCGUACUUCAUCUCUUCGAAUGGUGACCGGGGCUCUCCAGCAAAUCUGAUCUACGACAGGAUUUUUGCGUUCUAUGAUACGAAUAGGGAUGGCCUCAUUACCUUUGACGAAUACAUCCGCGGCCUCUCUCGCCUGCAAGACAAGGGCCGAUAUGCCAGACUGAUGCGUAUUUUUGAAGGGUACGAUCUGGACGGAGACGGAUACGUGGACCGCAAAGAUUUUCUUCGCAUGCUGCGUGCAUAUUACGCGUUGAGCAAGGAGCUGAGCCGCGAAAUGAUCAACACCCAAGGUGAUUUUGGCUUCAAUGAGGAAGAGCUCCGUGAGGUCGCUCAGGGCAGCCAGCCGAUCAGCGCCGUUUUCGGCGGGGGUCAUCUGCACGGCCACGAGUCAAGGACAGGGCAGGAUAAAGAACGUCAACCCAAUGGAGAUCUUCAACCCGUCAACGAUUCGGCAGGUGUACUGCAGAAUGAUACCGAUAUGCGGGGGGAUCGUGCUCGGGCUAUUGGAAACGCCGCACUUGGCGAUCGCAGUCGAGCUCACCCUUUCAGAUCGUUUAGAAGAGAGGCUCCCGAGGAUGAAGCCGUCAUGAUGGUGCCGAACUACGGUGACUAUACAGGCUCCGGCAUGGAGCAAGAUGAGGUACCCGAAGAAGAAAUGACUGGUCCCGAUGCACCUCUCCAAACCUAUCCUUGGCCCCCGCUUUUGCCCCCUACGCCCGAUGAUAUCACCAAUGCACUGGGACACCAAGUGCCCCUGGAGGAUAUAACAGACCCGGUCGAUAGGACAAGAGUGCUCUACGCCCAGUCACAGCGUCUUGAUGCUGCAGCAGACCACGUCGAGGAAGCCGCACGGGCACAUGCGGUCGAAGAAAGAUGGCGGCGACGCCGAUUUUAUCUCGACGACGAAGAAGGAAUGACAAAACCUCCAGGGUACACUGAGCCGGAUAGUUCAGAGGAAGAGGAUGAUCCAACGGCGGCCAAGAAACACAGACGGAACGGCGCAAGCCCGAGAAGAGCAUCCAUGGCGUCGCGGUCUUCGUCGAAAGUCCGUUUCGACGAUAGUGCUAUCGACACGGACUAUGAGACGCGUUCCAACGCUUCGUCCCGAAGUAUACCGGUGAAUGAGAGAUGGGGCGGAUAUGAGCUCAGCCAGGCUGAAGCAGAUAUCGGCAAGGACAUCCUUUACCAGGCUGUCCAACAAGGCUUCAACCAGCUUCUGGAUGCCUUGUUCAAGGACAAGGAGGACGAGUACAUGGCGGCACAGGAGACACGCAACGAUCGUCGUCUUGCUAGAAAGGAAAUAAACCAGUUUGGCCGAAUCCUCGAUCUCAACAAAGAUAGGGACGAUCCGCUGCAAGCAGCGGAGCUUGAGGCCCUGAGGCGGAAAAAUGACAAGGAAGAAGCGCGGCAUAUGGCUAUUGGCAAUACAGAUCACCUUCGAAACCCUAUUGCCAUGAUGCUGGCAGAGGAAGGUUUGGCGGAAGAAGGUCUUGAAGAACCUCAUGAAUUUACAGGUGGCUCCCUCGAUCAACCGCGCGAGGCAGUAUCCGCGACUCUCCCGAUGCAAGACGUUGCGGAAGAGGAGGUAUACCGCGACCCUACGCUGCCACAGUUUCGACCCGACGAAGCGGCACUUGUCACUGCCACUCCGAGCUCAACGGAGGAUUCCAAGUACGAAGAGCAUCCGCACACUCCGCUUGAAAGCCCCAGUGGAGCUGAAGAUGAUGGACCAGGACCAGCGAUCUCAACUCGGCCCCGCACGCAAACUGGAUCUGGAAAGCCACCCGAGCGAACCAGUCUGCUCGGGGGUAAUCUCGUCGAAGCACGAGAUUUGUACUAUCUGUGGCAGAAACACGACCUGAUUGACGCGGAAGCGAAUCGCCGCGGUGGAGGUGGCAAGCUCAGCUUCUCGGAGUUUCGACGCAAGAUGGUGCCGGAGUGUGAAGUGAGCAAGGCCUUGGGUGACAAGAACAAGGGGAAAGAGGCCAAGGAGCCGGAGACGUGGGAGAGCAGUGCUGACAUGGGCAACCUGGCGUUCGUGGGCACUUGGUUGGAGAUGGCCAGUUUUUAG